CAAAUGUAGGACUCUGUCAUUGACCCAUCUAUGGCUUCAACCGGUCUCUUACUACAUUCAUGUGAUAAUGAUAUUCGCCAUUAGCAUCCAUCAUGGCACCACGUUCCAGGUUCUACAAGACAGCCCUCUGGAGAUACGAUUCCGACGAGCUCGCCAGAAUCGCCAUCCAAGCUGCUCCCAUAUUGAUUAUGCCCGCAAUAUGCGACACGUUCCUCCCCAUAGCCCCAUACAACGUAGACGCGAACACCAUCUCAGUCGAGCAGUUCGUCAGGGUCGAGGUACCAGACUACACCGACAACAUCGACCUAUCAUUUGCCCUCAGAACCGCAUUCCUCGAAGCAUACAACCCCCUCCAAGAGCAGAUCCUCGCCAUCACAUCCAUCGAAAGCUCCGUCCUACUCCCGCAGUUUAAAGGCAUCAUCCGCACGCCCGACAUUGCCGAACCAGCAUUCAAGGGCAUAAUCACCAACCUCGAACUCCUCGCCAUCGUCCGCCACAACCACAACGAGUACAUGGGCUUCAUGAACCGUGUAUCGCGCGGACCUGCCCCCAAUCAGGACAUCCUACGUGUCAUUUUCAGCCUAGCCGAUAUCAACCAUUUCUGCAGCCGAUCGCCGUUCCAGUGCGAACAGAUCUCCGGCUUCUACGCCUCCUGGAGUGCUCGCCUCGAUCUCGCUACGGUCUAUAAAAACUAUCUCCGCUUGGAUUAUCCGGACUGCAAGGACGUGAGCGUAUAUUUCGGCUGCCCCGAGCGGGCGCGGGAAUUGGAUCCGCAGGAAGAGGAGCAGAGUAAGGCGAACGGGUUCCGUGCGGUGAUGGAAAUCCGGGAUCGCAGUAGGCUUCGCUCCCACUUGGAUCUGGUUUGCAAGUCGGAGUUGUUUGAUGAUCAUGUUAUGGGGAUGAUGUCGGAUGUGCGGUCGUCGAUGGCGCAUCAUAUCACGUAUCUGGGCAUGGCGAUAUUUCAGUGUGGACUUUCGGAGACCGAGGGGAAGGAGGCGAUAGAGAAGUGUGUGGAUUUGCGUGAUGCAUUAAGGAAGAUUGUGCUCGAACUCCCUCUUGCGGGGAAGAUCGUGAGGCAUCCCGACGUCAUCAAGAGUCUGGGGAGGUGCCUUUUGGAUUCGGGACUAUCGUGGGUCCUUUUCCUGGAUGAUACUGCUUGA